CAGCAAGCAAGCGCUGGGCACACAUUUAGGGAAUGAGUGAAUGAAACAAAAGACUCAGAUGGGCGUGUUUGCCUAUGAUGGUGAAGCAGAAGGGCGACAGCACCACCUCUCGUCCCUGAUCAUCCAGGCAUCCCUCCCCAUGGUAGAAAGAGUGAGAUGAUGUCUAGGGGAGACUGGAAAAGCGCCUAGGCUGGGCCUGGAGCCCAGACUUGGGAAUCUGGGUGGCCCAGGUUACCAUGGUACCCAGAGGAGCUCCACCCCAGUCCACCACCUCCCUCCCCAACCUGGGGAAUGGCAGGCAGCUGGUCACGUGGUCCACCGAGCCCUGUCAAAGCAGUCACGUGGGCUAGCAACAGAUCCCAGGCCUCCACCCGCACCCCCGACUCCCCGCCCCUCGCAGCCUAAGCCACGCCCAAUUGCCCCUCUACGCAUGCGUGGAACGUCACGUGCGCCACACAUCCGGCGUUCGCCCCGCCCCCGCGGUUUCCGCGCGCCUCUUUGGCAGCUGGUCACAUGGUGAGGGUGGGGGGAGAGGGGGCCUCUCUAGCCUGCGGCCUGGCCUGCGUGUCUAUGGUCUGGCCUGCAGGGUCCAGCUGCCUCGGACAGUGCUGCAAGUAUAUGGCGUGGCGAGAACCCGAGGCUGGGCACCGAUAACAGGAAAGACCCCCAAAAGUCCUGGCACGGAGUGAGGAUUUCAUCCGAAUCUGAAGAAUGGCUACCUCUCGCUAUGAACCCGUGGCUGAGAUUGGGGUCGGUGCCUAUGGGACGGUGUACAAGGCCCGGGACCCCCACAGUGGUCACUUUGUGGCUCUGAAGAGCGUGAGGGUCCCCAAUGGAGAAGGCUCUGGUGGGGGUCUCCCCAUCAGCACCGUCCGGGAGGUGGCAUUGCUGAGGCGGCUGGAGGCUUUUGAGCACCCCAAUGUUGUCCGGCUGAUGGAUGUAUGUGCCACCGCUCGGACGGAUCGGGAGACCAAAGUGACCCUGGUAUUUGAGCAUGUGGACCAAGACCUUAGGACUUACUUGGAUAAGGCCCCCUCACCGGGCUUGCCAGUGGAGACCAUCAAGGAUCUGAUGUGCCAGUUUUUAAGAGGUUUGGAUUUUCUUCAUGCCAACUGCAUUGUCCACCGGGACCUGAAGCCAGAGAACAUUCUAGUGACAAGUAAUGGAACUGUCAAGCUAGCUGACUUUGGCUUGGCGAGAAUCUACAGCUACCAGAUGGCACUCACACCUGUGGUUGUUACACUCUGGUACCGAGCUCCAGAGGUUCUUUUGCAGUCUACAUAUGCAACACCAGUGGACAUGUGGAGCGUUGGUUGUAUCUUUGCUGAGAUGUUUCGUCGCAGACCUCUCUUCUGUGGAAACUCUGAAGCUGAUCAGCUAGGCAAAAUCUUUGACCUGAUCGGGCUGCCUCCAGAAGAAGACUGGCCCCGAGAUGUGUCUCUACCCCGAGGAGCCUUUUCUCCCAGAAGCCCCCGCCCAGUACAGUCAGUGGUACCAGAAAUGGAAGAGUCUGGAGCCCAGCUGCUGCUGGAGAUGCUGACUUUUAACCCACACAAGCGAAUCUCUGCGUUCCGAGCCCUGCAGCACCCUUACCUACAAAAUGGAGAAGGUAACCCCGAGUGAGCAGUGAAGUGGCUACAAUGGAACCAAAAGAGAAGCUGUCAUUUCCCUCCGAGAACCUUUCACCGAGGCCAUCUCGCCUGAUCUGAGGCUGGGGAAUUCCACCACCAACUUUUUUACAGAGAAUAUUUUGCUGCCUUAAUGACAUUUUCCUCCACCCCUCCUUCUGAGGUUUAUCCUUCUGCCUGCCUUUCCUUAGACCAGGGGGUGUGCCUUGUUUUCCCUCCCCUACUUGAUAUUGGAGUCCUUUUUGAUACAAGAAAAAAAACAAACAUGUAGUCUUCUAUUUGCUACCCUUCAAA